UCUCGAUAUGGUUAAUUAUCUCUUGGAUUUUGCUUUUAAAGGAACUAUUGUAUAGGCAGAAUCUAAGAGUGUACUCAGCAAAAGUGAAGGACGAGUUCGUGUAACAAGUUAAAAAUUGUCAAAUCGGGUGAAGGAAGAAAAGAAAAAUGGAAUCUUGUAUUUCGGCAACUUGUGCAGCUGCGGUGCAAGGAUCAUCAAGUAGUUUUUUAUUCACGCAAUUGGUGCAGACACUACUCGUUGCACAAUGCGGUUUAAGCAAUAGCAAGGAUUAUCCAAUGGACCGUACAAACGAAAUCGUAAAUUCGAAAAGGGAAUUUGAUUUCGUGAUUGCAGGAGGUGGUACUGCUGGAUCAGUGUUAGCAAACAGAUUGUCAGAGAUAAACAAUUGGGAUGUAUUAUUGAUUGAAGCUGGCGAAGAUCCAUCAGCGUUAUCGGAUGUUCCUGGAAUGAUUUUGAUGAUUCAGGGAACUGAAGAAGAUUAUAGCUAUGAUAUCGAACCGCAAGAAGGAUUUUGUCAAGGUAUGAACAAUGGCAAUUGCAAGUGGGGUAAAGGGAAAGCCUUAGGUGGUAGUUCUGUGAUAAAUGCGAUGUUACACGUCCGUGGAAAUGAUCGUGAUUACAAUGAAUGGUCACACCUUGGUAACGAAGGUUGGAGUUAUGAGGAAGUAUUACCAUAUUUUAAAAAAUCAAUUGAUUGUUCUCAAGAAUACAUAGAUAAAUGGGGAGAUAAACAUUGUGCCAAGGGUGGUCCUUUGAAUAUUAGAAGCUUCAAUUAUUCCGAAACGAAUAUCCAAGAGAUCUUUAUAGACGCUGCUCGUGAACUUAAUAUACCAAUUCUUGAACCGUUAGACGGAGACAAUUAUAUAGGCUAUGGUAAAGCUUUAGGAGCUAUUGACAUGUCUCGUCGAAUGAACGUAGCGAAAGCAUUUCUUUCACCGAUAAAGGAUAGAAAAAAUCUUUAUGUAAUCAAAUCCGCCAGAGUAGAGAAAAUCCUUUUGAAAGAUAAUCGAGCUACUGGUGUUAGGGUGAUGUUAAGAACUGGCGAGGAAGUCGAUGUAAUGGCAUCAAAAGAAGUGAUUAUAUCGACUGGCACCAUAGUAACUCCUCAGAUUCUAAUGCUUUCUGGAAUUGGACCAGCUGAUCAUCUUCGUGAAAUAGGAAUAUCUCUGGUGGCUGAUUUACCCGUUGGACAAAAUCUUCAGGAUCACGUAAUAUGGUUAGGAAUUCAAGUGGCUUACAUUAAUCAGACGAGUGCACCACCAUCACCAACACAUAUAAUGGACAUUGCUUAUGAUUAUCUGAUGAAAGGGACAGGUGAAUUGGCUACGAUUGGCGGAGUAGAUCUUCUUGGGUUCCUUAAUCUUACCGACCCACAAUCGAAAUAUCCCGAAAUAGAGAUUCUCAUUACUCACGUACCAAGAUGGCAAGUAUAUAAAGUCCAAUUCCUUUUGAAAGCGUUCGAUGUUCUAGACGAAUUAAUUGACGUUAUGAGUAACGUUGUUAUGGAGACGGAUAUUAUUUUUAUGUGCCCGGCUUUGCUGAGACCAAAGAGCAGAGGUGAAAUUAAAUUACGCAGCACCGAUCCUACAGAUCCAGUUAAGAUCUAUGCUAAUUAUUUUAGCGAUCAAUCCGACAGAAAGAUACUUAUGAAAUCUAUCGAUUUUGCAAAAUCUUUGGCAAAUACCAAAACGUUUCAGACUAAUGGAAUAACCUUACGUCAUUAUGAUAUACCCAAUUGUCGAAAUACUGAGCCCGAUUCCAUGGAAUAUUGGGAUUGUAACUUAAGUAACACUGCUGGAACACUUUUUCAUCCUGUUGGUACAGCUAAAAUGGGACCUUCUAACGAUCCCACAGCCGUCGUAGAUCCUCGUCUUAAGGUAAAAGGCAUUCAGAGACUGAGAGUCAUUGAUGCUUCUAUAAUGCCACAAAUUGUUAGUGGAAAUACAAAUGCACCUACGAUGAUGAUAGCUGAAAAAGGAGCAGACAUGAUAAAAAAUGAUUGGCUCAGCAAGGACGAGCUUUAAAAUGAAAAUAAUUCGCAGGCGUUAAGCAAACUACAAGUUUUUUAUAAUCAACGAUGCUUCUUUAAAUGGAAACGUUUGCUUUUAUAUAACGUAAACCGAAAACGUAUUGUUUUUAUCGUGAUGAUUAAAAGUAUUUUAAUUGCUUUAUGGUAUCUGGGAUCAUUAUAAAUGUAGGUAAUAUACAGUGUCGGAUUAAACAGUAAGCGGACUAAGUUGCUGCUUAGGGUUUUGGAAUAUCAACGGGCCCCGGGGUCUUAAAAUUUCUUUUCAUUAGAAUUCGAGAAAAAUUACAUUUUUUUUUUUUAAAUAAAUUUAAUUAAUGUGUAAUGGUAUGAAAUUUUUGAUUACUUUACUUUUUUAUUAAUAACUUAAUAGGAAUAUUUCUAAAACUCUUUUUUUUUUUUUAUUAAAAUUUAAGGACCCCGAAAUUUGUAUCGCUUGCAGUCCCCGCUUAACUUGAUCCGCCACUAGUAUAAUAUAAUAAAUAAAUAAUAUAUAAUAUAUAGAUUAAUGUAAAUAUUAUAUUACGUUGUGAGUUGCGGAUUAAGUUUUUAAAACUACAUCGAAGUAUCUCUGAUUGUCUACUAGUAGGUGCUUCUAACACGCAUUAUACGAUAAAAGUAACUUCAAUAUUUUUCUAAUGAAAAUUUUACGCAUGAAAUAUUAGAACUUUCAACUGAAAUAGAAUACAUUUUUAUUGGUUUAUAUAUAUGCUACAAAUAGUAGAUUUAAAAAGGGAUAUAUAGAAUUGUAGAUAUACGCAUCAUACGUUAUAUAAACUUCGCAUAAUAAAUUGUUUGUUUUCAAUUGCAUUAUAUUAUUCUAGUUUCUUACGUCAAUUGAUCUAAUAAAAACACUGUAAAAAAUAUUUCAAUCAGCGAGUGAUAACACACAUUAUGUUAACAUGAAUCACAAUCAUUAUUAAAUACUCAUUUUUUGUCUAUUUUAUUGCCGAGUAAAAUAUGUAUUUAUGCUAAACUGUUUAAAUAAUAAAAAAAGGUUUCUGCAAACAUUAUACAAUAAAUAAUAUUGUUUAAAUUGUUAUGAAACAAGAAAAGUACAAAGAACAGAAACGAACGCUUCGGUUGAAUGCGGGCACGUAUGUUUGUUGAUUUCGAAAUUAACCAUAAAAGUGAAAUUACUCAUAAAAAGAAUGAAAAAUACAAACUUUAAAUUAAUAUGUAUAUCAGAAAUGUAUAAAAAAAAAUUAAAUUGAAUCGAA